AUGUCGGCAGAAAGAGCUCAGGUAUGGGAAGCUAUUGCAAAAAAAUUGGAAUGGAAUAUCCUAAAUUAAAGGUGGAGCAACGUUCUGUCAGAGAUCGACAGAUCAAAAAAAACUAAUCAAACAGUUUAGGAAAAAGGAAAACGAUGAAAGACGAGCCAGUGGAAUUUCACCUGAAUUAACAGAAUUGGACACACUGCUGGAGGAGAUAAGUGAAAAAGAGGAAGCAUCUGAAACCCUGGCUGCAGAUAUGGGAGAAAGGGAAAAGAGGCGUUUGGAAGACGAUCAGAUGGCGGGACAAGAGAUGCAAAAAAGAGCCAUGGGAACUUUAUCCGAGACCCAGAAAAGAAAUACAAAAAUAGAUCAAGAUAGUCCAAACGCAAAGUCAGAAAGGGUGAUAAUACAGCCUUGGCAUUUUUGGCAGAAAAGGCAGAAAAAGAAACAAAACUGA